UCGUUUUCCAAAGCAUCCAACAUAUAAAAGGAAACAAAAUAACAAUAACAAUGCAUGAAAGCCAUUUGUUGAUCCUCUACACAACUGUUGAGUUUUUUACUGCAUAUAUAUCUCAUUCUUUACAACACAAAAAUGAUUUCUUUAAUUUGGAACUACAAGCAAAAUAAAGGCUAAAGAAAUUAAAGCCAUGGUUAAGGAGGUUGAAGCUGAGGCAAAAGUUGGGGUUGGAAUUGAAACUCUUUGGAAAGCUUUGGUUAAAGACUUGAGAUUUAUUGUUCCAAAGCUCAUGCCCAACACUGUUGAAAAAGUUGAGCUCAUUCAUGGAGAUGGUGGUCUUGGCUCUGUCUUGCUCUUCCAUCUUGUUCAUGAUGAGGAGAUGAUGAAAAGGCAAAAGGAAAAGAUAGUAAAACUUGAUGAAACAAAGCAUGAAUUUGGGAUAGAAGUGAUGGAAGGAAACAUAUUGAAAAGAGGGUUUCGUUCUUUCAACACAACGUUCAGACUUUCUUCCAUCAGUGAAAAGGAAACCCUCGUGGAUUUCAAAGUUGUUUAUGAAACUGAACUGAGUGAUGAUGAAGUUGAACAAACUCACUUGGAGAAAAUGGCAACUUCCACAGCUCUUUCUUUUUUCCAACUCUUGGAAAACUUUCUUCUUCAUUCAUCAUGAUCAUAUGAUCAUUAAGAAACUUUGUUUUCCUUUUUGGUGGUUGUUUUAUCUAAUAUUAAUGUAAUCUCUCACAUGCAUGGUCAAUUUGGAAUUGAUAUUGUUGUUGUUCAGUUUCUUUUAAGGUGUAACAUUUAUAAUUUUAGAAUCCUAUUUUAAUUUGGUUCA